UUAUCCUGAUCAAAAUUUUCCUAAUAAAAUCCUAUAUAUAUAUAUAAUACAUACUAGUCAAAUGCAGAUGAGAACAGGUGAGUCUUUAACCUGGAUUUAAAUACUGUUUCAGCUGAUCUAAGGUUUUCUGGAAGACUGUUCCAGAUCCGUGGAGCAUAGAAGCUGAAUGCAGCCUCUCCAUUUGUAGUUCUGACUCUAGGGACUGAUAAAAGACCGGAUCCAGAUGACCGGAGAGUUCUGGCUGGUUCAUACUGGGUCAAGAGGUCAGUCAUGUAUUUUAGUGCUAAGCCAUUCAAAGCUGUUCUAAUGCUGCAUUUUGCACAUUAGAAAAAAUGUUUUAAAGGUGAAGCAAGUGCGCUAUACGUCACCAGCUACACUCCGACUUUGAAAGACCCAAAUGUCGAGUAUGAAGUUAGACUUGUUGAGCCACCCGGCACCGGCUUCAGCAUAACGUCUCUACAAUGAGUAUGAAGAAGGGACAAGUCCUGCUGCUUUGGGUUCUGGUCUGCCCCGGUGUUACAGGCGCCAUAGAACCCGUCUGUACUGCCUCAGCAGUGGCUGUGGGGUAUCUAAUUGGGAAUUUACCGAGCUACCAGGACAUUCUCUGCUACUUCCAUGAGUGCUGUCAACCAGAAUGGAUAAGUUUCAACCAAACUGGCUUGGAGGCGGAUCUGGAAAACAAACUGUUCGGACAGCACCUGGCGUCUCGCAUCAUCCUGAAAUCCCUGAACGAAUUUAUGAGCAACCACAAUCCUGAGAAGCCGCUGGUUCUCUCGCUCCAUGGCCCGUCAGGCACCGGGAAAAGCUUUGUCAGCCAGCUGAUUGCAGAAAACAUUUACACAGAGGGGACGAACAGCAAGUUUGUCCAUUUUUUCAAUUCUUUAGUUCACUUCCCACAACCGAGUCUCAUCUCCACCUACAAGUCUCAGCUGCAGCAGAGGAUCAAAGACAGCGUGAGUAACUGUGAGCGCUCCAUGUUCAUCUUUGAUGAGAUGGACUCAAUGCAUCCGGGCCUGAUCGACAGCAUUAAGCCGUUCCUGGACUACCAUAAGGUGGACGGAGUUUCCUACAAGAAAUCAAUCUUCAUCUUUCUAAGUAACGCUGGAGAAAAGAGCAUCGUUGAGACGGCUUUAGAUUUCUGGAGAACAGGACGAGAUCGAGAAGACAUUGAACUGUCAGAUCUGGAAGAAUCUCUCUCCUUCUCCAUCUUCAACAACGAAAAGAAUGGAUUUUUUCGCUCAAAUUUGAUGAAAAAUAACCUGGUGGACUUCUUUGUUCCCUUCCUCCCUCUGGAGUAUUCGCACGUCGUCCAGUGCAUCAUGGCUGAGAUGAAGAUCAGAGCCAGCAAGGGGAAAGGCCCGCCAAACCUGGACAUGGCACGCAAGGUUGCCAGAGAAUUGAAAUAUUUCCCCAAAACAGAGCGAGCUUUUUCCACCACAGGAUGCAAAAUAAUACAGCAGAAACUGAACUUCUACACAUAACGUCUGAUUGUAUGGAAGGUGUUUGGAAAGGACCUUAAAUCCUGCAGAUCCAAAGAAUCAAAUUUCUUCUGAGCUUUGAAAAUUAAUUUGACAAAUGUUUUUUUGGGGCUGCACGGUGGAGCAGUGGUUAGCGCUCUUGCCCCACGGCGAGAAGGCCUGUCCAGGGUAAACCCCGCC